AUGGUGCCUUCCGGGCCGUGUCGAUCUCGAGCGGAAAGACGCGCCGAGAUGUCGCCGCGCCGUCUCGCGCCCCUGCUGAUCCUCGGGACGAUCCUCGCCGAGCUGACGAGCACCGCCGCCGCGGACAGGAUGAGCGGCCUCUACGUCGACAACGGUUUCGAUCAGACGAUCGUCCAUAGGGUGGUCAGCCAACGGGAGAAACGCGAGGUCGAGCAUGAGAUAUUGAAUCUACUCGGGCUGCCGGAUCGGCCGAGGAACACGGCCGGUAGGCCGCCGCAGGUCAAGAGGUCGGCGCCCAAGUUUCUCCUGGACAUAUACAAGAACGCUCUUGGCGAGGACGAGGACGAAAAGCCGAUCGCCGAGCAACGUAGGGCCGGCGAGUUCGACCUCACCGGUCAGGAUCUCAGGGCCAUCGACCAGAGCGACGUCAUCAUGACCUUUGCCGCGCACAAUCAUCACGUUCCCGGAGUGAGGCAUGAGCGCGGCAAAAGGCUCUGGUUUGACGUGUCCGAGGUACCGCCCGGGGAACACAUAAUCGGUGCAGAGCUCAGGCUCUAUCGCAGCAUGGACGUGAAGAAUCGGAGGAAUCGUGGAUCGUACAUGAUCACGGCCUACCGGGUCUUGAGAACCGAAGAUGGUACGAGGGAGUUGCAGUACGUAGAUGCAGUGAACACGACGACGGGAAAGGAGGGGUGGUUGACUUUAAACGUUAGCGAACCUCUCGAACAUUGGGUGAACAAUCCUGAUGGAAACAAGGGAUUGUAUCUGUCAGUACAUCCCGCAGAUCGUUCUGUGCACGAGAUGAGACCAGAAGAUAUUGGGAUCGUCGGAUUCAGAGGGGAUCCCGACAGGCAACCGUUCAUGGUGGGCUACUUCAAGAGUUCUGGUAUUAGGGAAUCGAAAGUGCGACAGAAACGAGAUGCCAGGAGAAAAAAGAAGAGCGAGUCCUCGAGUUUGGAUUAUCGGAAUAAUCCGUACACCGAUCCCAGCGUGCAGUACAACUCGAGGACCUGCAAAAUCCAAACGUUGUACGUCAGCUUCAGGGACCUGAAGUGGCAGGACUGGAUCAUAGCACCGGACGGGUACGACGCAUAUUAUUGCAGCGGCGAAUGCAAUUUCCCUUUGAAUGCUCAUAUGAACGCGACCAAUCACGCGAUCGUCCAAACGUUGGUGCACCUGGUCAGCCCCGGCAAGGUACCAAAGCCUUGCUGCGCGCCGACCAAGCUCUCACCGAUCUCCGUGCUGUAUUUCCUCGACGAAAGCAACGUUAUACUGAAGAAGUACAAAAACAUGGUCGUCAAGAGCUGCGGUUGCCAUUGA